UGGAUUUGCCCCCCCCCCCCCCCCCGAGGCGUAUUCGGAGGCUGAAACCCUCCCCGUUGCGCUCCGGCUGGCUCCAGCCCGUGCGGGUCUGGCCACCUCGUCAAGGUCGUUUUUAAUGAGCUUGUUUGCAAACUCAUUUCCACCACGGCACAGACAGAGCCCGCAGCACUGGCCGGGGCAGCCCCCGGUCCCCAAAACGUCCCCGGGAUGGAGCCCCCCAGCCCCGAGGUGCCCCCGGGGGGGCUGCGGGAUGAGCAGAGGGUGCUGGUGUCGGCGCACAGCUGGCGGCCCUGCCCCAAAGCACGCAGGAGGCUCCGAGGGUGCUUGGAGCUGGUGAAGCAGCAGCUCUUCCGCGUGGGCGAGGACUGGUACUUCCUCUUCGUCCUGGGGGUCCUCAUGGCCCUCAUCAGCUUCAUGAUGGACCUCAUCGUCUUCAGGCUCUACGAGGGUAACGAGGGGGCUCGAGCCCCAAAACCGGGCAGUGGGAUGGGGAGGGAGGUGUGUGUGGGGGGUGUCUCUGGGGGCAGCACCCCUCCCGGCACUUUUUCUCCAGCCCACAGGUGGCUCUACCAAGAGGUUGGGGAUUAUUUGGUGCUCAAGUACCUCUCAUGGACCAUCUACCCCGUGGCCAUGGCCGCCUUCUCCACUGGCUUCUCCCAGAGCAUCACACCGCAUUCAGGGGGCUCCGGCAUCCCCGAGCUCAAGACCAUCCUGACCGGCGUGGUGCUGGAGGAGUACCUGGCCAUCAAAAAUUUCGGGGCCAAGGUGGUGGGACUGACCUGCACCCUGGCUUGUGGCAGCACCAUUUUCCUCGGCAAAGUGGGUCCCUUCGUGCACCUCUCCGCCAUGGCCGCAGCGUAUCUGGGGAAGAUGCGGACGUCAGUCACGAGGGAAUAUGAGGACAAAUUCAAGCAGAACGAGAUGCUGGUGGCAGCGCAAGCCGUCGGCGUGGCCACGGUUUUUGGGGCGCCCAUCAGUGGGGUGCUGUUCAGCAUCGAGGUGAUGUCGUCCCACUUCGCCGUGCGGGAUUACUGGCGUGGCUUUUUCGCCGCUACCUGCGGCGCCUUCAUGUUCCGCCUCCUCGCCGUCUUCAACAGCGAGCAAGAGACCAUCGCGGCACUUUUUAAGAGCGACCUCAAGAUUGAUUUCCCCUUUGACCUGCCGGAGACCUUCUUCUUCAUGGUUUUGGGGGCCAUCUGCGGUGCCAUCGCCUGCGCCUACCUCUUCUGCCAGCGCUGGCUGCUGGCGGCCGUCAGGGAGAACCGGCUCACGGGCAGGCUGCUGGCUACCGACAAGCCCCUGUACUCGGCGCUGGUGGUGCUGCUGCUGGCCUCCAUCACCUUCCCUCCGGGCCUGGGGCAGCUGAUGGCCUCCAGGCUGUCCAUGAAGGAACACCUCAUCUCGCUCUUCGACAACCGCACCUGGGGGGUGCUGGCCCAAAACGCCUCGGCGGCCCCCGCGGUGCCCGGGGACCCGCAGCGCCUGUGGCAGGAGUGGUGCCACCCCUCCGCCACCAUCUUCGGCACCUUGGCCUUCUUCCUGCUGUUGAAGUUCUGGAUGCUGACCCUGGCCACCACCCUGCCCCUGCCCGCCGGGUACUUCAUGCCCAUCUUCAUCUAUGGAGCUGCCAUCGGGCGCCUGACGGGGGAGGUCGUGGCCUCGCUCUUCCCCCAUGGCCUCCGUGUGGAGGCCACCACGCACCCCAUCGUCCCCGGGGGCUACGCGCUGGCCGGAGCUGCCGCCUUUUCGGGGGCCGUCACCCACUCCAUCUCCACCGCCCUGCUGGUGUGCGAGGCCACCGGCCACCUGGCCCACGUCCUGCCCGUGGUCCUGGCCGUGCUGGUGGCCAACGCCAUCGCCCAGAAGUGCCAGCCCUCCUUCUACGACGGCACCAUCAUCGUCAAGAAGCUGCCCUACCUGCCCCGCAUCCGCAGCCGGCACAUGGCCUCCUACCGGGUGGUGGUGGAGGAGUUCAUGGAUCGGCGGGUCGUGGCCGUGGCCAAGGGUGAUGGCUUUGAGGAGGUGCUGGCAGCCCUCAGUGCCACCACCAAUGGGGAAUACCCCGUGGUGGAGAGCGCAGGGUCACCCACGCUGGUGGGCACCGUCAGCCGAGGCCAGCUGGUCACCUUCCUGCAGAGUCACGAGCACCCACGGGCACCCCCAGGGCUGCUGCAGGAGAAGCCAGCCUCCAUGGGGACAGUUGGGGACGACUGCGCCAUCGAGCCCGUCAUGCUGCAGCUCUCACCAUGGACCUCGCUGCACCAGGCACACCACCUCUUCGAGCUGCUGAAGCUGCAGCGCAUCUUCGUCACCCGCUACGGGCAGCUGGCAGGGGCCGUCACGCGCGCUGAGCUGCGGAGAGCGAUCGAGGAGCUUGCCAACCCCAAGUGACUGCCGUUCCCGCUGCUCCAUUGUAGCCAUUAAAUGUUUUUUUUGGGG